CAGUGGCCAGUGAGGUGUCAAAUUGUCAGUGAUAUAGAAUAUAAUUUGACACGUCCAAAUCGUAAAUAAUACUCAUAAUAGGAAUUAGGAGAUAAUAGAAAAAGCGAAUAAAACAUUUUUAAUUUAGAGAAAAAGUAAAUAUGGCAGUAAACAUCAAAUGUUUUGCACCUCAUUCUCGUUGUUGUUGCCUGUGUGUGUACUAUAAAAAACAUGUUUUCUGAGGGACUGACAUGAACUAAAUAACAAGCGUGGAAGGUUCAAGGUUUUAAUAUACCUGAAUCUGUUGGAAGAAGAUCAAAUUUGCUUUGUCUAAAUGUUAUUUCAAUAUGUAUUUCCCCAUAGGAUGGCCGAAAGUUCUAAGGAGUGUGGAUAUAGAUUUUCAGGCGUUUAAACAAGUUGUGUCCAAUCGGGAUAAAAUCUUAUUUGCUUCACUAAGUGAUGAUGCUUUUGUGGUGUGGUUUUGUAAACCCAGUGUGUCUAUAGUAUAUCACAAACGAAAUUCUGAAUCUAUACAAAGACUUGGAAUAAAUGUUGGAAUUGAAUGGAAGCCAGACUCAUCUAUGAUAUGCAUUUCGACAUCAGAAGGUCAUUUAAUCUUAUAUAAUGUUGAGGUACAAGGUGACCAACCUGCAUAUCAACAGUUUGAUCCACCUACUGCAAGUUUGCGACGAGAUUCUGCUGAAUUAUUUGUUAAAGAAGUCAUACCAUCUCUGAAAAUAACAUUGUUUAAAGAAGUUUUAAUUUGGGAUGGUCAAAUUACACGUAUGUGCUGCAUAUCGGGAACUGAAAUUCUUGUGUGUACAACACGAGCUCAUUUAUUGAGGUAUCGUUGGGAUGGCUCACAAAAUAGAGAUUACUGUCUGGACUUAGGAAGAAUACCAUUCUCUAUUAACCAGCAAGUGUCAAAAGCUGAACCAAUUUUAGAAGAUAAUACCCACGUCAAUGACAUUGAGUACUCACCUUUAGUCUGUGGAUUUGGUAUAACUUUAAAUGAUGGUCGUGCUGCAUAUCUGACUGCUCCAAACCUAAAAUUUGACCCCAAUGCAGUUCAAGGUAUUUGGGCGCAAGGCAUCGAUGACUCUACCUGUGCAAGAGUUAAUCAUAAAUUCAGACUAAUCGCUAUUGGAAGAAGAAAUUCACAGGUGGACGUGUUCACAAUAGAUGAAAUUACGGGUGGUCUGGAACUGUCUCACACCAUGGUUCUCAGUUCGAAGGACUUUCCGGGCGACCCGGGGCCUGUCAAAUGCAUGAGAUGGACAGGUGAUGGCCGUGCCGUGGCAGUGAGUUGGGAAGGCGGUGGAAUAUCAGUGUGGAGUACAUUUGGGGCUCUUCUAAUGUGUUCCCUGGCAUGGGAUUAUGGCCUGAACCAGGAUCUUAGCAAGCAUAACCCACUAGUUAUCUCCAGUAUGGAAUGGGCAACAGAGGGCUAUCAACUAUGGAUGGUCAAGGAAGAAGAAUCAAAGUCGAGCCUUAUACAACUGGAUUUCGUCAAGAGCCCCCUCACCGUUAAUCCUUGUAUGAGUAACCAGAGACACCUUUUCUUGCAAGCGGACGAUAAACUGUACAUAAACCUGGAGGACAAUCUGACUAGACGCACCAAACUGUCGAUAAUCGACUCCUCGGCGGACGCUUAUCACGAGAGCGGACAGGAACAAACCGACGGGGAGAUAGAAAAUAGUGCUAAAUACAAAGAAUUUGUUGAUGACAACGAAUGUCGGAAACAAUGGAUCGUUCUACAAUUGCCGGCGACAUACAUCGCUAGCAACUGGCCGUUGCGAUACAGUGCCCUCGACGAGGAAGGCGAGACCGUGUGCGUGGCGGGUCGCACGGGCCUGGCGCACUUCAGCCGCGCAGCCCGCAGGUGGAAGCUCUUCGGCAACGAGGCGCAGGAGAAGGACUUCGUCGUCAGCGGAGGCAUGUUGUGCUGGCGGCACUAUAUUGUCGUGGGUUGCUACAGCAUCCUGGACGGUCACGACGAGAUCCGUUUCUACCCUCGCGACGCGAAGCUCGACAAUCGCUUCGCUAAGAUCGUGCGAGUUCAGUCUCAAGUGUUCGUUCUGGACGUGCUCCACGAUCAGCUCGUGGUCUUCGGAGCGGAUGCGCUGGUCACCAUUUAUGAGCUCAGCCUGGAUAAUGCAGGGGCUAUUGAGUUGCGGUGCGUACAAGCUGUGGACAUUUCCGCCUUGUCCCACCCCGCGUGCGUCGUGUCGGCGUCUCUUUGCCGACUUCAGGACCCCUUGCCCAUGGCUCAUCUCAACCGCAACGCCAAGUCGGAGAUGCAGGCGCCAGAUUCACUGGUGAUCAAUGCGAGUGGAAAACUGAUGAUGGUUCAACGAGAAGAAUACGACGUCGACGAGGAUAAUAAUCCCGCGUACAGCUGCCUCCCAGCUACAGUUUUAGCGUCCUGUGUUGAGAGUGUCUGGUCUUCUGGCAAGAGUAACGGUGCGCAGACGCAAUUAUCUCGUGCCCUAUGGCUGUGGUGCGGCGCACUCGGUGCCCGUGUGUGGUUACCUUUAUUACCAAGAGAGGCCACAAGGAGACAGGACCCCUCGAGACAUACUUUUAUGGCGAAGAGGAUCAUGCUGCCGUUUCAUCUGAAUAUUUAUCCGUUGACAAUACUUUUCGACGAUGCAAUUUUGUUGGGUGCUGAAAACGACACCACCCUGUACGCUUCAGACUCCAACUCCGUGUUCUCGUUGCCCUUCUGUGUCAUCAAUAGAACGAGUCAAGUGUACCUGCACCAAAUACUCCGGCAGCUACUGCGCCGUAACCUCGGUUACCACGCGUGGGAGAUUGCGCGCUCUUGCUCGCAGUUGCCCUAUUUUCCGCAUUCCUUAGAGCUUUUAUUGCACGAGGUUCUAGAAGAAGAAGCGACCAGCAAAGAGCCGAUUCCCGACGCCCAGCUGCCCAGCGUCAUCGAGUUCGUUCAUGAAUUUCCCGUUUAUCUUCAGACGAUAGUGCAAUGUGCAAGGAAGACCGAGAUAGCGUUGUGGGCGUACCUCUUCUCGGCGGCCGGAAAACCCAAAGAGCUCUUCCAGGAAUGUCUGCAAAGGAAAAUGCUGGAUACGGCCGCUUCCUACUUAAUUAUUUUACAGAAUCUGGAGAGUUCGGCGGUGAGCCGGCAGCUCGCCACCCAGCUCUUAGACACGGCUCUACAACAUGAGCGAUGGGACCUCGCGAGGGAUCUGGUGCGCUUCCUGAGAGCUAUAGACCCAAACGACGUAGAUUCCCCUCGAAACUCUGUGAACGUGCAAACGAAGUACGGGCAAGUGGUGCAGUCACAAACGGUCAGCCCCAACGCCGAAGACUUGUCCGUCAUAUUGGGAACUAUGCAGAUAUCGGGUGGUCGCGGGCGCAGCUUCAGCACGACCGCAGCCCCCCGCGAGCCGUCUCCAACGGGACACGCUCCGCCCCCGGCCCCCCCACCCGCCAGGCGGACGGCCGCGGCCGCCGUCAAGAGGAAGAAGUCCGUGCCCGCGAGGGCCGACCGAGAAUCGUGCAACGGCACUGCCGAGGAUUUCUUCAUCGACAUGAUGAUACAGAGACACGCUCGACAUCUGCUGUCGACCGCGAGACUCGUGUCCUUAGGGAAGCUGGCGGCCGCCCUCGACCUGCAUCUGGUGGCCUGGCUGGCCGGAGAGAGGGAGAGGGCCGCCCGAGUCGACAAUGCCGUGCUCUGCCUCAAGCAAGUCCACCGGGACUUCGACUGGCCUUACCCGACCCCCACCGAGGACCAGUACGCGCAGAGGAAGACCAGCGUCGCUCCGAGUACCCACAGCCUAUCGGCCGAAUGCGGCAGCCAGUGCGGCGACAGCGGCUACAUGAGUCUGUCUCUGAAAGCCGCCUUACCUCUGGCCGGGGCCGUGGCCUGUCGAUCUCCGGGGCCCGUCAGCUCGGCGGGCGAAGGCAGCGUGGCGGAGGGCGGGGGCGUGGCGUGGGGUGAGGCCGAGGGCGAGGAGCGGCGCUACGCCGCCCUAAUGGAGCGGCUGCACCAACACCAGGCCGACCGUGGAGACCACACCGCCCACGUGCGCCUGCGCUACUUCCUUCAGCUCGCGACGGAGGCCAGCUGCGUGGAAUGGGCGCUCGUGGUGGCCGUGGCGCUGCGCGACGCCUUGGCCGUCCUGCGCUGCACCAACGCAGCGCGGUCGCCCGACGUCAGCCUGUCGGCCGCCAAGCGCCUGCGAGACGCCCUGCGGGACCUGCUCGCCUGGUCCGACGAGGAGUGCGUCGGGUACAAACCGUUCAUGCUGGCGAUCGGCAACCAAAUACCGUUCCUGACGUCGAUCAUCAACGCCCGCGAACGACGCACGUCGACGGUGAAGCCGCGCGUGCGCACGCCGAGCACGGGCUCGCUCAACGUGGAACCUAAGCAGACGCAGGAGCCGAAGCUGCCGCCGCCGCAGAAGGCCCAAGAGGUGUCCAAACAGGUCGUGAGGAAGGACACGCCUCCGACGAUCCCCGAACCGGUCGCGGUCGACGAGAUGCCCCGACCGCCGGACGAGCCAGGAGACACUUCCUCCGGCUGUGCUCUCAUGUAGAGGGAAUGUCAACGUCAUCGUAUAUUAUUUGUCACGAUUUCGGUAAAUCGUUCGUGUUCAUGUUUUAUGUAAUUCACGUGUACUUAAGUGCAACUAGAAGAGUAGGACAUUGAACGAUUAAAUAAACUUACGUCUUCCCGGAAACGAUGACGUAAUAUUAUCUUUACCAAUUUACUGAAAUAAAAGAUAUAUAUAUAUGAAUAAAUUUAAGACGCGCAGAUUUUAUUCGAGAGCGCCUUCUUCAUACAUUUUAAUAUAUUAUUCUGAUAACCGGUUUUAAAUUAAUUAAUAAAUAAUGUUAAAACCAAUUUUAUAGUGAAAUUUUUACAAAUCCAAUAGCGAUAGUUAUUUUAGCACAUAGUUAGGUUCUAGUUAAUGUGUAAAAUAGCAAUAUAACAGUAGAUUUAACAUUUUGCUCAUUGCGUGUGGUUGAUAUUGUUUCGUGUUAAUUUAUGCUCAAUGGGAAAUCUCAUUAUAGUAAAUGUGAACAGCGAUUUUUCUUUACUAUACCGCCAUCGUGGUGCCAAUAUUGAAACAGUUCUCGAUCGUAUGAACUUGUACAAAAAAUAUAUAUUAAUAUUAUCUUAGUCUGUAUUUGGACAAUUGUACAUUCCACUCCUAAUUAAUGAUAUUAUAUAAUUUUAUAAUGACAACUAACAUAAAAAUAAGUUUUAAUCGUGUGGUUAUGAUACGUCCACUAAGUGUUUACUAAUAAAGUAUUUAAAAUAA